GUAUCUGACAGUUUCUCUCAGGUGCGAGAUCGUACAUAUAUCACAAUCAAGCCUGAAUCAUAUCUGCACUAUCUCCCUCUUAACAAUGACUACAGUUUCAUUUAAAGAGAAAAUCAAAGGCGUAGGCGGUCAUGCGUUAUACGAGGCAAAAGCUCGCAUCUUCCGGGAACAACUUGAAGCCAAGAUUCCAGCGAGUCUCAGACUUCCACUAGCAAUUCUCGAGGACCCACCUCUUAAUGUUACUCGCAUUCCCGAGACUUGUGGCUUGCUCACGCCCAAAGAGCUGGCCAUUACCGAGCUGGAUGCAACGUCCGUGUGCCAAAAGAUCGCCGUAGGCGAGCUGACUGCAGUUGAUGCUGUCACUGCAUUUGGAAAACGUGCAGCUAUCGCUCAUCAGCUCACAGCCUGUCUCAUCGAUUUCUUCCUCGAUGAAGGCAUAAAACAGGCGCAACAGCUGGACGAGUACUUCCGGAAAGAAGGCAAGGUCAUCGGGCCACUGCAUGGAUUGCCAAUUUCAAUCAAAGGCAUGCUUCCGGUCAAAGGGACAGUUGGGUCUGCAGGCUUCCUCAUGAACAUCGAGACUGCGACUGAAGACUGUGAUAUGACAAGAAUUCUGCGUUCACUUGGGGCAGUCUUCUACGUCAAGACGAAUCAGCCGCAGACUUUGAUGCACCUUGAGUCCAGGUCUACCUACGGCCGAGUAUUGAAUCCCUACAAUACGGAUCUUACGGCAGGAGGAUCAUCUGGUGGUGAAUCAGCCCUUGUUGCCAUGAAGGGCUCUUGCAUAGGUGUGGGCACUGAUGGCGGAGGAUCCAUUCGAGCCCCGUCGGCCCAUUGUGGUAUAUAUGGGUUCCGUCCAUCCUGUCGGACGACGCCUCUCCAUGGGGUCCUAUGGUAUCAACCUGGCCAGGACGGAUUCUUUAGUUCUGUAGGUCCAAUGUGUCGCUCAGCGCGAGAUAUGCGACUUUUCCUUGAAGCUGUCCUUGGAGCCAACCCUGCACUCCUGGACCCAGAUGUGUUGCCAGUGCCACUAAAAAUACCAGACCUGACCAAGAAGAAACUGCGUGUGGGAAUCAUGAUGCACGACGGAGUUGUGAUGCCCCAUCCCCCAAUCAUUCGAGCAUUGAAGUGGGCAAAGGAAAAGCUGGAAGCCUCGUCAGAGGUUGAGGUGGUGGACUAUACUCCAUAUGACCACGAUCGUGGAUACAGCAUAGUUCGCGAGCUCUACUAUGAGGAUGGAGGAGCCACAGUUCGACGCAUUCUGAAGGAGAGUGGAGAAGAGAUACUUCCCCUGACAGAGUGGGUCAUCAGUCCACCACACGUGAGAGAUCAUGAUGCCUCAGAAGUUUGGAAGCUGCGUGAUGAACGUGAUAAAUACAGGAGGGAAUACUCUGAUCACUGGUGGUCCCAAAAUGUCGAUGUCGUCCUUUGUCCACCCUUCCCAGGUACAGCCAGCCGUCAUGACACUGCAAAAUACUGGGGCUACACUGCCAUCUGGAAUUUGCUCGACUACCCUGGGACGGCUUUCCCGUCAGGUUUCGUCGCUGACCCAGCCAUUGACAUAUAUCAGGAACCACCCAGCCCUAUGAGCGCGGCGGAUGAGUAUAACCUCUCUCUUUACGAUGCAACGAAAUUCAAAGGGGCUCCUGCAUCGCUGCAGAUCGUCGGCCGCAUAUACAACGACGGUUUGGUGCUGGCUGCACAGGAAGUAGUUGAACGCAUCCUCAAAUCUUAGGCACACUAGGGCUCGCACCAUAUGCAAUUUGAUUAUACCUUCCGGUACUGGCGUUGUGAAGCGCAACGACAACUGAUGGUUGGAUUGUCAUUGUAGAUCAUCUAUGUCAAACCCCUCAUUUUAUUAAUUUCGUCGAGUUCACUCAUGUCGAAGCCUUCUGCACUCAUAUGAAGAACAAAUUCUGAUAACACAAUCCCUAACUCCCACAAAGAGGAGGAAAUGUGUACCUCACACCUUAUAUCACCGGCGCUGAACGAGG